CAGGAAGUCUCCGCGUCCCGUUGUCCAGGGGUGAUGCUGGGGCUGUGCGGGAUUUGAGGGAUGCAGCAGGGCCGGAGGAGGAAGAAUGGGAGGUGAAAGACUGGAAAGGCGGCGAAAAGAAUGAUCGACUCGGGAAGGGAGGCGGAAAGUCAGCCUUGUCUUUGCGCGGGGCGAUGAGAGGAGAAGCCACAGGCCAUCUUUGAUUGUUUGCUUCCCCGGAACUCUCCGUAACACCGCGCCUUGCCUGGGGGUGAUGUCCGUUUGUUACUCGUUCCUGUGAUGGCUUUAGUAGUCAUUUUAGCACCAUUGCCGGCUCCAUGUUACCUUGUCGCCGUGUACAGGAGAUUAAGUUAACCAGACAAAAAUCCCAACAUGAAGUCGUCGAGAUUCCAGCCUCGCUUGUUUCCUCAAUUUGUGGCGUGGGCCAUCCUGUGUCAGCUGGGUUGCACUCAGCCCGUCCCGGACGCUUUGGGCCUGCCUCUCGCCAUCCGGGUCCCUCUGAGCCAAGGGGCUCGCUCCGAACAACCGCCGCCUCAAAGGCGCGUCCAAGCGGGGAGGUUGAGUGCUCGCAGGCGCAGGGGAGUUACCGCCAAUGGCGUCAGCUUCGUGGACAUGGUCGACAACCUGCGUGGGAAAUCCGGCCAGGGAUACUAUGUCGAGAUGGCGGUGGGAUCCCCUCCACAAAAGUUGAACAUCCUGGUGGACACAGGAAGCAGUAACUUUGCUGUUGGAGCAGCUGCUCAUCCAUUCCUGCGCAGAUACUACCAUCGCUCCCUCUCAACGUCUUACCGUGAUCUGGGAAGGAGCGUUUAUGUUCCUUACACCCAGGGCAGAUGGGAAGGCGAGUUGGGUACUGAUGUAGUCUCUGUUCCACAUGGUAUCAAUGCCACCCUGCGUGCCAACAUUGCUGCAAUCACCCAAUCCGAUCGCUUCUUCAUCAAUGGAUCCAACUGGGAGGGAAUCCUGGGACUGGCUUAUGCUGAUAUAGCUCGGCCUGACGAGAGAUUGGAGCCUUUCUUUGACUCCUUGGUUCGCCAGUCGCCUGUCCCCAACCUCUUCUCUCUCCAGUUGUGUGGAGCUGGCUUUACCCAAAACUACUCCCUGGGCAGUGCUGCUGUCGGAGGCAGCAUGAUCAUCGGAGGUGUGGACCCCUCUCUCUACGUGGGAGAACUUUGGUAUACUCCCAUCCGUAGAGAAUGGUAUUAUGAAGUCAUUAUAGUGCGUAUUGAAGUCAAUGGACAGGACCUCAACAUGGACUGUAAGGAGUAUAACUACGAUAAGAGCAUUGUGGACAGUGGCACCACCAACCUUCGACUGCCAAGAAAAGUUUUCCAGGCUGCUGUCAAGGCGAUUGAAGCAGCUUCCUCAACAGAACAAUUUCCCGCUGGGUUUUGGCUUGGCGAGCAGCUGGUUUGUUGGCAGGCCGGCACGACACCCUGGCACAUCUUCCCAGUCAUCUCCCUUUAUCUGAUGAGUGAAAACCGUAACCAGUCUUUCAGAAUCUCCAUUCUUCCCCAGCAAUACUUGCGGCCAGUGGAGGACGUAGCCUCAUCUCAGGAGGACUGCUAUAAGUUUGCUGUGUCUCCAUCAAGCACCGGGACAGUGAUGGGAGCAGUCAUCAUGGAAGGAUUUUAUGUGGUGUUUGACCGAGAGAAGAGCCGAAUUGGCUUUGCUGUCAGCACCUGCCAUGUCCAUGAUGAGUUUCGCACAGCCUCUGUGGAAGGUCCCUUCCAUGGUAUUGACCUGGAGGACUGUGGCUACAACAUCCCCCAGACAGACGAGUCCACGCUUAUGACUAUUGCCUACAUCAUGGCGGGUAUUUGUGCUCUAUUCAUGCUGCCAUUGUGUCUCAUGGUGUGCCAGUGGCGCUUUGCCCGCUGUCUUCGCCCACAGGGGGACUUUUCUGACGACAUAUCACUUCUUAAGUGAAUUUGUGACCAGGAGAACUUAUAGGGAAUUGGGGAGGAACGGGAUUUGUACAAUGUUACCAAUUGUGCAGGUACGUCAUUAAUAUUAAUAGCAACAGGUGCUCUGAGAUUGCACUGACUACAUCUGUCUUUUGGUCCCAGCACUCCUCCAUUGCUGGUGUCUUUUUCAGCCUCCAUGAUGUACUGUAUGUAGCUGGUGUUCAUGGCCAUGUUGUGAGACUACUUUGUCAUUUCUAAAAAUUGGAGGGUGUCAGGCUGGCAAACAACAAAAAGGAAAGAGUCCAUUCUGGUGCAAAUUGAAACCUAAAAUGUAAGUGUUACCAAUAGGAUUGAGAGGAAAAAAUAUGCAAAAAUUAUUGAUUCAUUGAGUCAUGCCGAAUUGAAAAAAUACAUAGUUAAAGUAAACAAAAGGGUUUUCUUCUUAUGCAGAUCUUUGAUAAAAAGGAGACACAAAGCUUUAAAUAUAUAUUAGGGCUGUCAACAAAUGAGUUAACUAAUGUUAUUGAUCAUGAACAGCUGGAUUAAUUAUGUAUAUACACAGAUUAUUUAUGCAAUUUAUUUUGACCGUACAUGUUUGUUUACUGCGGACGGUUAGAGGAAAGACGGCGCGAGUUGUUAUGUGGUCAGUGAUCAGGUCGGUCAAUGCAUACGACUAAUGUGUUUGCUGAUGGCAAAUUUCACACCGACUGGACUUAAGAUACAACUGUUACCACGUUUUGACCAAUACAUGAUAUAUAUUCAAGUAAAACAUUUUUAAAAUGUUCCUCGAUGGCAUUCUGACAAUUAAAUUGCAUUCAUGCCAGAA